UCUUCAAUCUUCAAGCGCAAUCGUCAUUUAAUGUGUACAAAAUGGUGAUUUGUGGUACAGUUCGGGUGCGGAACAAUUACGAAGAGUUCUUAUUAAGCUGCUCGCACUGCAAAAGCGGUUGCGACGUGGAAGUGAGUCUAGAAAGAUGGCAAGAAUUUGUCUUGCACAUAAGAAAUGUACACAAACUGAAUUUGGAUGAGGAGAAAAUAUGCUGUGCUCGCAGCAUCGAUAUAAAGGAAGAGCCAACGCCAACUUGCGAUACAAGCGAAGAUAGUGAAAUCGAAGAGGAUGGUAAGGAUUGUUUAGCUGAGGAAGCGUUUGUGGACCUGCCCACCGCAUCGACCGACGAAGAAGAAGUCGAUAACGAUAGCGACUAUGAUUACGAUGAAGAUGAAAUGGCAGAAGAGAGCCAAAUUGAUGAUGCUUCCCAGGCAGACGCUGACGCUGAUGGAGAAAAGAGCUUUACACCAACAGUCAAAUUUAAUCCCACAUUUUAUCGACGCAAUCCGCGCAUCACACAAUUCAUAGAGCUGUACAAGGGCCAACCUUGCCUCUGGGAUCCCAAAAGCUCGGAUUUUAAGGACAAGGUGAAACGCACUGCUGCCUACGUUACAUUAAUAGAACAGCUUAAGACUAGUAUUAACGUUCAUCUCACCCAGUACAAGCUGAAAAAGUGCAUAGCCAGUCUGCAUAGUCAGUAUGCGACUAUAAGCCGUCAGAAGCGUACCAAGAAAUUAACAAAAUUACCUUUGUAUUACCAUGAAAUGUACAGUUUCCUUGGGAAACGCUCCGAUGUGGAUGAAGCGGAGACCGACGAGGAAAGUGGCGACAACAAAAUUAAGUUGGUGUUCACUGAAACGAACCAUCUGACAUCUCAUUUUAUAGAGCUUUACUCAAAGUUUCCACAAUUGUACGAUCCUUCGCACAAGGACUUUGCAGUUCUGAAUGAGCGCAAGAAAGCAUACAUUGGGAUGUGUGAUCUGCUCUGCAAAGACUUUUCGCUGGACAUCAUUACAUAUUACGAUGUGUAUGACAGUGUUCUCUAUCUGCGCCAAUGGUAUUCCAGAAAAAUCAAAGGUCUGACGGAGACCCAAACGAUCGGUUUAUUGAAGGCAGAGAAACAUUACAUUGAGGCAUGCAAAAGUUUCUUGCGAACGAAAACAUUCCGCCAGAAAAUACCCUGUGACGUGUGUCAUACUAGCUUCAGCACAGAUCACGCGCUCCAGGCCCAUCAGUACAGAGCCCAUAAGUUUGGUGACGGCGGCUGGUUCAAGUGUAUCCUCUGCGAGAAUCAUUUCGAGCGGCGCUGCCAUUUGCAGCAGCACAAUCAGCGUGUCCACAUGGGCAAGACUUUCAACUGCGGCCUGUGCAAGCGCAGCUUUGCCUUUUCUAGCCAAUUGAGCAGUCAUAUGCGCACCCACGACGAGAAGCAUAUAGCUAAACCAUUUGUCUGUGAGUUCUGUGGCAAAUCGUUCAAGCAGAAAAUUCAAAUGAGCAAUCAUGUGACCGCUGUGCAUACCAAAAUUCGGGCAUUUAAGUGCACCAUGUGCCCCAAGGAUUUUCUAACUAAACGCGAUCUCAAGGAUCACAUCAAGGCGCACCUCAACAUACGCGACAAGGUCUGCGAAAUCUGCCAGAAGGCAUUCACCAAUGCGAAUGCCCUGGUCAAGCAUCGUCACAUUCACAAAGAGAAGACUCUGCAGUGCAGCUUAUGUAAUACCAAGUUCUCUGAGCGCGUUAGCUUGGGUGUCCAUAUGAAACGCACGCAUAAAAUUAUUCGUAAUAGUGCAAAAGUUGCUGAGGUAACGGAAUCCGCAUUAUAUUCUCAAACAUUUCCACAAGUUGAAGACAUUUCAAAUAAAUAAAACAACACUUUGAAAAAAUCA